AUGUCGCACCAACAGGGUUACGGACAGCCACCUCAGCAAGGAAUGGUUUCUCAAAAUGACUCGGGAGCUUUCCAAGGCGGUCGCUUCAGCAUCGCCCAUCGCGACACCAACGCCGUGCUCAACAUCGAUCUUCAACAAGGCACCACCGUGCGUUCCAAAUCCGGAGCCAUGAUUCACAUGUCAAGCACCGUGGAAAUAACGGGCAAAUCCAAGUUCUCUUUCGGAAAGCUUUUCACGGGAGGCAACAUGUAUGAAUCUCUGUAUGCUGGACCAGGUCGUGUCGCGCUCGGCCCAACACUCUUUGGCGAUAUCAUCUCUUUGCACGUUGAUGGUAACCAAUCUUGGACCAUUGGCAAAGACUCUUUUCUCGCCAGUACUUCUGAAGUGACCAAGAAAAGAGAGACCCAGGGACUUGGCAAGGCCUUGUUCUCUGGUGAGGAUCUCUUUGUUUUUCGUGUCGAGGGUCAAGGUAUCAUGUGGCUCACGAGCUUUGGUGCCGUUGACAAACUAGAUCUACAAGCAGGCGAGCAGCAUAUUGUAGACAAUGGCCACCUCGUGGCAUGGAGCUGCAACUAUGCAAUCGAAAAGGCUGGAGGAGGAGCCAUGAGCGGCAUGAAGACAGGAGAGGGUUUGGUAUGCCGCUUCACUGGUCCUGGUUCUGUCUAUGUGCAGACUCGAAAUAUGGAUGAGUUCCAGUCUUUCAUCAAAUCAACUGUGGGAGCUUCCUAG